AUGGCUACUUUUAAAAAAUUAUGUGAGGAUACACUGAAUGAAAAAGAAAGAUAUGUAGGUAUUGAAACGGUAUUAGAGAGAAUAUUUGACGAACUAAUAUUUGACUUUAAAAAAAAAUUCAUAGAAAAGAUAUCGACACUAAUUGAGGAAGUAAAAGAUAGUGCAUCAAUUUUCGAAAUUGAUAAAAAGGGAUAUGACUUAAAAGGUAAUAAGGAAAAUGAGGAGAAAAAAAAAAAAAAGGAGGAAAAUUUAUAUAAUGAUAGUUCUCUAGGUGUGUACUUAAAUGAUUUUAAAGACAGUAAUAAAAAAAGUUUAUUGAAAAAAAUUCAAAAAGAAAUGGAUGAACUUAAAAUGGGAGAACGAAGGAUGGAUGAACUUAAAAUGGGAGAACGAAGGAUGGAUGAACGUAAAAUGGGAGAUCGAAGGAUGGAUGAACGUAAAACGAGUGAACGAAGGAUGGAUGAACUAAAAGUUGAAGAAUUGCAUAAAAAAUGGAAUAAUGAAAAUGAUCUUGACGAGGAUAAAAUGGAAUUUCUUCAUUUGGUCAAGGGGAAAAGUGAAGAUGGAAAUUGGUCUAGUAAAAAGGUUUGUACAAAUGGUUGUACAAAUGGUUGUACAAAGGGUAGUAUAAAGGGUAGUAUAAAGGGUAGUAUAAAGGACAGUAACAUAUAUAACUCGCGAAAUGAAUUUUCUGGUAUAUUAAGUAAAGAAAUAAACAACAAGUCCGAUAAAUAUAAAGGAGAUAGCAAUUUUUUAACUUUAUUACCAUCAAAUAAUUAUAAUUAUGAACAAACAAAAAAAAAUUCAAAUAUUGAUCAAAGCAUAAAUGAGUUUGUAAUCUCUAGUAAGUUAAAUAACAAUGUAGAAGACUCAAAUACACCGAGUGAUGAAAGUAAAAAAAAUGAUAGGGGGGAUGUAUAUUCUAAUAUAAUCAGCAAAUACACUAUGAAACGUCUUUUUUCGAAUAGAUUUUACACAAAGGAGUAUAACAGCGAUGAUCAUGAGAAUGCUGAUCAUAAGAAUGCUGAUCGAACGAAUGUUGAUCGAACGAAUGUUGAUCGAACGAAUACUGAUCUAACGAAUGUUGAUCUCUAUUCUGAUAGGAAUAGUGAGAAAUUCCACAGCUCUUUUGUUAGUAAACUGGACAAGUAUGGAAUUGCGCGCAGUGAGAAGGGUGCAAAGGAGGGCAGCAAGAAUGGAAAAAAGGAUGAUACGCAUAGUGAUGAACUUAACGAUGAACGCAGUGAUGAAGAGCAAGACGAAUCUAACGGUAAGGAGGAUAACCAAAAGGAGAAGAUAAAAAUCGCUUCAACCAAUAAAUCAUACCGUAUGAGAAUCAAUGAUAAGGUAAAUUCAGAAAGAGAUCAUGAUCAAAGUUUGAAAGAAGGUGCUAAAUCUAAGGCAAAUUCUUUAAAUUAUGAAAAGGAAGAUACCCAGAGUUUGUUAUCAGCAGAAUUAAAUGAACGGAAUAAAAUUUUAAAAAAUUACUCGCAUGUUGAAUUAUUACCAAAUAAGCGUAAUACAAAUGAUAUAAGAGAAAAUGAAGAAAAAAAAAGUAAAGACUUAUUUUUUGAAGUUAUCAGGGGGAAAAGAAGAAAACAUUUAAGGGGUUUCGAUUGUGAAGAUUGUAAAUCAUUUUAUAAUGAAAUAUAUUCUGAUAAUUUAGAAUAUGAAAAUUUUAAAAAAGGAGAAAAAAAAAAAUAUAUAAAUAAACCAAAUAUGAUGGAUCAUAUUACGAAUAUGCAAAUGAAUAAAAAUUCUCUUAAUGAUAUAUUAAUUAAGCAUGAACAAGUUAAUAAAAAAGCAGAGGAUAAUAUAUAUCAAAAUUCUAUCAAAAAUUGUGAAAAUAAAAAAGAAUUAAAUGAAAAUGCCUUAAUGGAAAAUACUUUAAAUGAAAAGUAUGUUCAUAACAUUCAAAAGGACAGACAUAAAACUUUUUUUAAUUCUUCGUUACAAUGUAGUUCAGACAGUUAUAAGUAUGUUGAUAAAUAUGCAAUAAACAAAAAGAAUUGUUAUUACAAUAAUUUAGUUAAACCAAAUGAAAUACAGGAAGAAAAGUUUUACGAAAUUGACGAUGAACAGGAAGAAAAAAUAGCGAAAAAAAAAGAAAAUAAAAAAAAUAAAAUUAUUCAGUCUUUUUCACGCCAUAGGUAUCAUAGAAAAGUUAAUGAUUCUCCUCAAAAUUUCUGGAGUUUCGAUUUUUUUAAAUAA